CCCCAAAGAUAUUUUUCAGCCCACUAUCUCUGGUCCACUUUUACACAAAUUCUAUAUACUACCAGCACUACAUAACAUCAAAUAUUCUCCUCCAAAACCCCUAAAACCCUUCCAAUUUUCAAUCCAAAUUCACCACCAUGAAUCCCAACAACUCCACAACCCCAAAUUUUGACAACCUUCUUCUCCAAUCCUUAAUGAACAGACUCCAAAUCCAACCACCUCCUUCAAACCCACCACCUUUUCUUUCACCUCAAUCCCUUGAAGACCUUCUCUUCAACAACAACAACCUCCUUUCUUCUUCCUCCUCAGAUGACGAUGAAAACGACAACAUAUACAACAACAAUCAAGAUUCAAAAACCCAACUCUCUAAAGAAGAAUCCCGUCUCGAAAAACAAAUAAUCCGGACAAUACUUACUGGAAAAAUUGAUUCCCUUAAACCCAAUUCAGGUCAGGCUGUUACAAUUGGGGAGCAUCAUAUUUGUGUUGGGUUUCAUGAGGACCCGGGUUCGGAUUAUCGGGUAUGGGAAUGGCAUGGACAUAUUAUGUUGUUUGAUGAGGAAAAUGGGUAUACACCUGAGUAUAUUUAUGGGAAUUAUUUUGAGAGAGUUAGUGUUAAGUUGACUACGACGAAGAAGAAAGAUGAAGAAGAGGAGGAAGAGGAAGAAGAAGUUGAGAAAGUGGGGAAUUUGGGGUUGAAGGAGUUGAUUGAAUCGGGUGAAUCGAAUAGUGAUGAGGGGAGGAUUCUUAGGAGGAAUAUGAAUGCUGGAUCUCCAAGGGUCUAGCUGACAGGCUGGUGAAAUUGUUGUUUUACAACGAAAAGGCACUUGAGGUGCUCUGCACAUUUUGGCUGCAUGGAGUUUUUUCACCUUCCUGUUUCCAAGCUAUUUGGUAUUUGAAUGGCAUACCAAGUAACUCGGAAAGUUAGGAGAACACAGGCUUGUAUUGAAAGGUUAGGAGCUCUGCAGUGAGCAGCGUGGAGUUGAGACUACUUUUCUGUGAUCGACUCUUUUGUUAAAUUCUCAAAGCAAUUGCCCGACUU